UGUGUAUGUGUGGGUGCGUGCGUGUGUGCGUGUGUGUGUGUGUGUGUGUGUGUGUGUGUGUGAGAGAGAUAUAACACCGUGAAGACGCCUCAUGUGUGCAAGUGUGUGAAGAAAGAGGGACAUGAAGAGACACAAACGCCACUCCAAGUGGUUCGGCAGCCUGGUCAACCUCUCCUUUCGCCGCCAGUCCGCCAGACGGGAGUCGGCCCCGGUGCACCAUGGGACUCUGGCCGGGUCAGCUGACGACAUGGAGUCCGGCCCCCAGCGCCAAGGCUACGCCCGCUCCAGUGAUAUGUACACGCAUGUGGGCACCGUGCCGCGUGGCGACAGGCGGUCCAGGAGCAGUCAGGAGACUGUGGAGACCAGGGCCGAGACCAUGGAGGACCGGGAGAAGGAGGGGGCAAGCGGCUGGGCGAGGGCGAGGGAACACGUGCGAGACUCCCCCCUGCUCAGCGCUCUGUCUGGCCUCAGCCUCCACAGUCCGGACCCGCCUCCGAGGGCGCCUGCAGCCACCCGGCCGCUGCCCGCUACGCCUUCACCUUUGACCCCUGACAGCAGCGACCCUCGUUGGAGCCAGGAUGCCGAGGGCCCCCUCCUUGCGGCCCCGUCCACUGUGACCAUGGCCGCCCCAAGAAGUCCCGCUUUGGACGUGUACGUGCCCAUGGACCCCAUCAGUGAAGACCACCACGGACACGUGCACAACCGAGGGCUCACGUGCACGCGGGAGACCUUAAAGGAAGAGGAAGACAUGCACAGCCAGUGUGACGUGGCAGAGAGCAGUAGUGAAUAUGUGAAGUUCUCCAAGGACAAGUUCUGGUUGGAGCCGCCGUCGGAGGACCUGAAGAGGCAGCUGGAGGAGGAGCUGAAGCUCAGCAGCUCCAACCUGAGGAGCCAUGCCUGGUACCACGGACCCAUCCCCCGGGAGGUUUCAGAGAGUCUGCUGUCCAACCAUGGCGACUUCCUCAUCAGGGACACUGAUUCCAGUCCGGGGGACUUUGUCCUGACGGCUCGCUGGGACCAGAAGACCAACCACUUCCCCGUCAGCAAGACGCUGAAGACCCGGGUCCAGUACAGUCUGGACCGGGAGUCCUUCGACUCGAUGCCUGCGCUCGUUCGCUUCUACGUGGGCGGCCGAGGGCCCCUGACCCGCUGGAGCCCCGCCCAGAUCCACCAGCCGGCCAACCGGACGCUGCCACUGAGCUACCUGGAGACGGCGUUUGGCACCGCCCUGGACCCGUGUCCCAUCUCCCCGAAGAAGCGUGGCAAGGGACCCCAGCAACACUUCCACUCUGAUGAAGAGACUCGCCUCCCAGCUGACGAUGAUCUGCCGUCCAGAAGCUCGACUCCUUCCCUCGCAGGAAGUGGGGGGCCAGUCGUUUCCUGCACGGCGCCCGCCAGCGCUCCAGCCCUGCGGCCGGAAGCGGAGCGGGACGGCGUGCAGCCGGAUGCGGAUGGCAGCUUUUACACAGAGCUAUACCCGGGCCCGCAGAGCUUCGUGGAAAGGCUGAGUGCGGAGGAGCGCCCGCCGGUGGCGGAGGGCGUCCACUUCCCUCCCGUGGUGGAGACGGUGUCCUCCAUCAGGCCCGCCGGGUACCGGUCGGCGCUGAUGCCCGCAGAGAACAAGCCUCUGGAAGUGGGCAUUCUGCAGAAGGUGAAGGCCAUCUUAGCCCAGGUGGACCCGAAGACGGCGGCACGGCACAUCACCAAGUGCGACUGCACGUUGGCUCGGAUACUGGAGGUGCGGCCGGAGGUGCAGAGGAUGAUGGGAGUCAGCUCUGGAGUGGAGCUGCUCACGCUGCCGCACGGCCAACGCCUCCGAUUGGACCUGCUGGAGAGGCUGCACGUCAUGGCCACCACGCUGGCCGUCAACCUGCUGGGCUGUACCGGCACAGCCGAGGAGCGGGCGGGCCUGCUGCACGGGAUGAUCCGGACGGCGGCCGAGCUCAAGAACAACAUGGGCAACAUGUUUGGCUUCGCCGCCGUCAUGAGGGCGCUGGAGCUGCCGCAGGUGACGCGUCUGGAGCACACCUGGGCGACAUUACGCCAGCGGCACACAGAGGGCGCCAUUCUCUACCAGAAAACUCUGCGGCCCUUCAUGAUGAGGCUGAAUGAAGGCAAAGAAAGCUGUCCUCUGUCCAGCACCAGCUUCCCGCACGUCCUGCCCCUCCUUUACCUGCUGGAGAGAGGCGUGGCGCUGGGCGAGGGGGCGGAGCCUUGGGAGACGGCGGAGGACGGCGUGGACGUGGUCAUGUUGCAUCUCGAGGCGGCCAGGACCGUGGCACAACUAGGCGACGUCUACAGGUCCAACGCUGAGAGCAAACUGCAAGGUUUCCAGGAGCAGGACGACAUCUUGGAAGUGUUCCAGACCGACUUCCAGAUGAGGCUACUGUGGGGGAGCAGGGGCGCCGUGGAGAGCCAGGCGCCGCGCUACGCCAAAUUCCAGCAGGUGCUGACGGCUUUGUCCAACAGGCUGGAGCCGCCCGCGCCCCAGGCCACAAAAACCUGACUUGGGACUCCCGCCAAGACAUCAAUACGCCGUUUUUAGAAGGUCCCCAUAAGGUCUGUUC